AUGAAGGAGGAGGACAUGGUAAAGCCUAAGAAAUCAAAACCAAUCUCCACUCCUCCCAAACAAUUCAAGCCAAGGCAAUCCCAGUUUGCACCUACCUCUGGUAUUCAAAAGCCUAUCCCUCCACCCAAGCCACAAGCUAAGUCAACUGGUGGAGUCGAGAAGAGGAAGAAGGAGAAGCCACAAAGAGACUAUAUUGCAGAAACUAUUGAGGAUAUAGAAACUAAAUCUGAUGAAGCAGUGAAAGAGAGGUAUGAUGUGAAUCUAGCAGAUGAUGAUACUCAACCAAAAGAGAAGUCACAAGCCAAAUUCAUUCCAAAAGUGCAUGCAACCAUUCUUGAUAAGAAGAAAGAUCAAUCUUCUAAGAAAACCAUGCUAGCAGGGAAAUCAAAUGAUCAAACAAUAGUUGCAGAUGAUCCUUAUAAUGCUAAUGCUGACAACUCUAGCGAAGCUAUACAGGAUCCUCCAAUGAUAAAAUGUGUUUCAGAUAAGGAAAAUGAGGAGAAAGUUGAUGCUGAAAAGGGAGAAGAUGAUGUGGAGAAGGAUGAAAAAGAUGCAAGUGAAGAGGUAGUAGGAAAGGAUAAAGGAGAGGAGGAUGAUCAAGCUUCGAUGAUAGGGGCAAGAGACACUGUUGCUGUCAAAGGAAAAUAA